GAAUUUAUUUCCAGGGGGCCCGGUCAGCAUUGCGGCACUUUAAAAGCGCGACCGGGCCCCCUGUAAUGAGGUCAGAGGCUGGGAGGAAAUGACUGCCCUGGUCACUUCCUCCGAGCAAUCACCAUGCCACAUAGGAGGAGGAAGGAGAGGAGGGAGUCAGAGUAGGAACUUUGACUCCCAUCCGCCUGAGCCACUGGACCGCAGGGAAAGUCACCCUCCUGAACCUAAAAGGAUGUGCUCACGACACAGAGGAGGGUGUCAGUGUUUUGUGCGUGCUGUCAUUGGAAUUUUAUGAACUGUUACAGUUAUCGGUCUUAUUCGUGACCAAGGUGGGAUCACAGGUACCAGGAAGAAGAUAAGCCAUGGAGUUGGCACAUAAUGGUCACCUUAUGGAUGUGUUUGGCCCAGAGGACUAAAAGGAUCUUCUGCCAAACUUAUCUUCAUCCAUCCCAGGGCUUGAAAGAAAUAACUGGAAUGGACUCCUCGCCAUGACCAAGACACAGAAAAGAAUCUCUCUAUUUGAUAUUUUUUCGGGAAUCAAUGAAGAAGAGGAUGUGACUUCCAAUGCUUUAUCGGACCAUGGUUUUGGGUUCAGGAUCCCAGUGGAUGGAUGCACCCCACCAGCAGUGGAUGAAGCUGCCAUAAUUAUACCAACUCUACCCGAUCAGCUACACCAGAGUGAGACAUCCACACAGGAUAUUCCCGGAUCAGACGUGCCCUGCACUCCCAAAGAGCCCACAUCAUUGUGCUCCCUGCAACACCUCUCCAGGAUACUAAUUCACAUUUCAGUGAUACUAUCUAUCGCAGCAACUUCCCUGUCAAUCUGUCUCCUCUUGCAGUAUUUCUACCACCCUGAGAUUCAUCAAGCCUGUCCUGAUUUUCUGGAGAUUUGUGCUCUUUCGUUGAACUGCUCCUUUGCAGAAGGUGCCAAUCUCUGUCCUCCAACCAGACUCCCAAACAAUCGGACCGUUGCCAGUGGUGAAUACAGGAACCCGGUGUUACUGCUUACAGAGCGCUCCUUGCUGCAGGUAUACAAUGUGGACGCAGGGAAAUAUUACACUGUCUGUCACCAAGGAUGGAUGACGACCCAUGGGUGGACAGUAUGCCGAGAGCUGGGGUUCAACAGUCACUGUUUGUCAACACCAGCGCCGCUCAUUCCCACAGACUCCACCUUCCUGCAAGGCUUUGCUGUGGUCAAUAAAAGCACUGCAUUGACCAGUAACCUGGACAAUUUUCUGAGCCCAGUGGUGACAUGCCCCACUCAGGAAGGUGUCUCACUGCAGUGUACAGACUGUGGACGUAGUACCGCUGACAGUAAUCGCAUUGUAGGGGGCUCACCAUCAGCCUCGGGACGUUGGCCUUGGCAGGUCAGCCUGCGUUGGGAUGGCCGCCAUGUUUGCGGUGGGUCUAUCAUCUCUUCCCAAUGGGUGAUGAGCGCUGCUCAUUGUUUUGUGCUAUCCAGCUUCCUCACUGUUAGUAGAUGGAAGGUCCAUGCAGGGUCUCUGUCUCUAAACCCAGCAAUCUCCUAUUCCAUCCGUAGCAUUUAUUAUAAUGGUCAAUACAACUCAGAGACAAAUGACUAUGAUGUGGCACUGCUAAAAACCAGCCAACCAAUGGGUUUCUCAGAAACCCUUCGUCCUGUUUGUCUCCCUAGAACCCGCCAACAGUUCCAGUCCACGGGAAACUGCUGGAUCAGCGGCUGGGGCCACGUGAGCGAGGGUGGACAGCUGUCACCCGUCCUUAGAGAAGCCAAGGUCCAUCUAAUUAACAGUGCUAUCUGUAACCAGUCCUCCCACUACCCUGGUAUGAUCAGCCCUCGCAUGCUGUGUGCUGGGUACCUGGAUGGCAAAGUAGACUCCUGCCAGGGAGACAGCGGAGGACCCUUGGUCUGCCAGGAAGAGGGUCUUUGGUGGCAAGUCGGCAUUGUGAGUUGGGGAGAAGGCUGUGGGAGACCAAACCGGCCUGGAGUCUACACUAAUCUCACUGUGCUUCUAGACUGGAUUUAUCACAGACUUCAGACGGACAGCGAGAUUCCAUAACAAAGAGAGAAGAAUACAUCGGUACAUCCCAAAACAAGACUCAAAUAAAUAUAAAAACAAA